UUUUGGGGAUAAAUUGUCGGACCGAUUACAGAGUUCGAUGAGGCUGUUGCAUUUAGCUUUUGUUGUUGCUUUGGUAUCUGGAUUUUCUGCCAUUCUCGUUUACAUCAAUGGCGUUUCCAAUCUGGAUGGGUCGUUUAGUAUUUCUAGUGAAGAUCUGGAAGCGCUGAAAUCACUGCGGAUUCAUUUCCAGAAGUGUGUGAGUGCAAAUGGAUUAGGUUUACAAGCUGUACCUGGGAAGGAUAAUUGCGAGGUUUCUCUAAAAUUUCCUCAAGACACGAUUCCGAAAUGGAAAGAUCCCAAAACAGGUGAACUCGAAGGCUUGACUUUUGACUUUAACCUAUGUGAAGCAGUAGCUACGUGGGAACAGGUGCGGAAUAGUACCACAAUACUGACUCGAGAGUUCAUUGAUGCUUUACCUAAUGGAUGGGAAGAAUAUGCUUGGCAGAGGAUCAAUAAGGGAAUAAAUCUGAAUAGAUGUGAGAAUAAAACACUGUGUGUGGAGAAACUCUCUCUGGUUCUGCCAGACAGACCACCCUAUAUACCAAGACAGUUUGGUCGAUGUGCUGUCAUUGGUAACUCAGGAGAUCUCCUGAAAACGAAAUUCGGCAAAGAAAUAGAUGGUUAUGAUGCAGUUAUAAGGGAGAACGGAGCACCUAUACAGAACUAUACAGACUAUGUUGGUACAAAAAGCACAUUUCGCCUGCUCAACAGGGGCUCAGCUAAAGCGCUUGAUAAAGUUGCGGAGUUGUAUGAUAAGGGAAAGGAGGUCUUGUUAGUCAAAACAACAAUACACGAUAUCAUGAACAAGAUGAUCCGGGAAGUUCCUAUUCUGAAUCGUGUAUAUCUCAUGCUGGGUGCAUCCUUUGGAUCAGCUGCAAAAGGUACUGGGCUGAAGGCUCUUGAGUUUGCUCUCUCCACAUGUGACACUGUUGACAUGUAUGGUUUCACUGUCGACCCUGGUUACAAAGAAUGGACAAGAUAUUUCUCAGAGUCUCGACAAGGUCAUACCCCUCUGCAGGGUAGGGCUUACUACCAAAUGAUGGAAUGCCUUGGACUUAUUAAAAUCCAUUCUCCAAUGAGGGCGGAUCCAAAUCGAGUUGUCAAGUGGGUCCCGAGCCAUAGUUUGAUUACUGCUGCUCGUAUUGCAUCAGAGAAGUUGUUAAGGAGAAUUGGAGCUGGAUCUUCGGAUCCACUAGCGGCAUGUUCGAUAAUCGAGAAGCAAAUCAAUGGAAAGUUUGGAGUGGAAUCGGGCUCGAGAAAAGCAGCCGUUGAACAUCACAAAUAUGUAAAAGGCACCACUAUGUAUCCUUUGGAACACAAUCCAGGGCAUGGUCUCCUCUGCACAGUGCCACAAAGAUUAUGAAACCGACUUUUUUUUAUUUAAUUUUUUUUUCUUUUUUUUUUUCUUUUCUAAAAAGAAGAUGAAGAAAUCGACUUGUCCGGGUUAUGUACUGUAAUUCUUUUUGAUAGGGAGAAAAGUGCCACUAAUUUUAUGAGGCCAAUUAUAUUCAUGUGCAGUUGUUGUAUAUGAUUCUGCAUGCAAACCAUUUUUUUGCUUCAAAGGGGUGCCAAAUGCUUUAUUUUCUUAAUUAAUUUAUGUGAGUA